AUGAAUACACAAAAGAAAAACAACGAUGGUACAGGUACAAAGGCCUUGGAAACCUUAGACCCGGCAGGUGUGGGUGAGCUCGCCACACAGGUCGUUAUCAAUAGCUCGGAUAAUGUAAGCUGGAAAACGGAACGGAAACAUAUGGAUUAUAAAGAUACGGACUUGAUUAACGGACACUGCUACUCUGACCCUCUCAGAUUUAGGGGAGGUGGUGAUGAGGACGACGAUAACGAAAACGACGUCGAAAUGACAGAUGCCGAAGGCACUAGUGGUGGCAUGGUCACGGCAGGCGGUGGCCUGCCUUCGCCGGUCUCACAAAGCUCCAAGCAGCCAAAAACGGCAAACAAGACAGUUGAUCUGAAAGACCUUAAUGACCUCUUAGGAUGGCUUGAGCAGACAGUAAUGAAAGAGAAAGGGAAAAAGCUGGGAGUCCUCAUCUCAGAAAAGAUGAUGGGCAAACUUGCUAGGCUCAGAGUCGUCACGACUGGCUUAACGCAUGAUAACAGCAGGCUACAAGGGGAGCUGAAGGGUAAAGAGGAUACCCAGAGAAUGAGCCUCACGUGCUUCACCGACAAGCUUGACGCAAAGAACGCCGAAGCCAACAACCUGAAGGCGGAGUUGGAAGCGCUCAAGAAGUCAGGACCGGCGUCUAGCCAAGCACCCGUCUCUAAGCCAACAUACGCCGAUAAGGUUGCAAGCGUACCGAAAGCCGCCGUCGCCACUGCGUCUAAGUCCAAAAAAAGCCAGUGA